AGAAAAAUAUCCGAAUAAAGAGAAAAAUUCUAAUCAGUGAUUAAUAACCUGCAUUAAUAUCAACUCUACAGGAGCGUAAAUAAGAAUUGUUUCAUGUGGAGUGAAUUUAAUCGUGUUCUUUGCUUCAAUCUGUGAGGAAAUUAAAGUGUGUACGUAAGUGUGUUGGAGAUGGCGGAGGAGCGCAGGCAGAAGGCGGUGAGUUCGGUUCAGUUCUCCACUGAGUCGAUGAAGGUGAUGGCCGAGAGUGUCGGAGUCUCACAGUUACAGGAGGAGAGCUGCAUCGCCCUGAGUGAGGAGAUCAGCUACAGGAUCAAAGAGAUCACACAGGAUGCUCUGAAGUUUAUGCAUCAUGGAAAACGACGCAAACUGACCACCAGUGACAUCGAUCACGCUCUCAAACUAAAGAACGUAGAGCCUCUGUAUGGGUUUCAGACUCAGGACUUUAUACCGUUUCGUUUUGCGAGUGGUGGCGGCCGAGAGCUUCACUUCUAUGAGGAAAAGGAAGUGGAUCUGAGUGACAUCAUCAACACGCCCCUCCCGCGUGUACCCCUGGACGUCUCACUCAAAGCUCACUGGUUGAGUAUUGAUGGAGUUCAGCCGGCGAUUCCAGAGAAUCCACCACCCGUAUCUAAGGAGCAGCAGAAGACUGAAUCCUCAGAACCAAUGAAGGCCAUCAAACCAGGAAAGGAAGAAGAUGGUUCCAUCCAAAAUAAAUCACAGGGAUCCAGCUCAGAGGUUAAAGGGAAGGAGAAGUUGAGGUUGAAACCCCGCAAUACUCAUGAACUGUCGGUGGAGCAGCAGCUUUAUUAUAAAGAAAUCACUGAAGCCUGUGUGGGAUCUUGUGAGGCUAAACGAGCCGAGGCGCUACAGAGUAUAGCUACAGAUCCAGGCCUGUACCAGAUGCUUCCACGCUUCAGCACCUUCAUCUCUGAGGGAGUGCGGGUGAACGUGGUACAGAAUAACCUGGCGUUAUUGAUUUAUCUGAUGAGGAUGAUGAAGGCUCUGAUGGAUAAUCCCACGCUCUACCUGGAGAAAUAUCUCCAUGAGUUGAUACCGGCGGUGAUGACGUGUAUCGUGAGUAAGCAGUUGUGUUUGAGGCCUGAUGUUGAUAAUCACUGGGCUCUGAGAGAUUUUGCUGCUCGUCUCAUGGCUCAGAGCUGCAAAACCUUCAGCACCACCACCAACAACAUCCAGUCCCGCAUCACCAAAACCUUCAGCAAGGCGUGGCUGGAUGAGAAGACCCAGUGGACGACGCGGUACGGGUGUAUCGCUGGUCUUUCUGAACUCGGCCCUGAUGUGAUAAAGACGCUAAUAAUCCCCCGUUUGCCCAUUGAGGGUGCCCGCAUUAAGGCAGUGAUUGAGGGUCCAGUGGUUUCUAACAUUGAUAAGAUCGGUGCUGAUCACGUCCAGAGUUUAUUACUGAAACACUGUGCGAGUGUGAUCUGUAAGAUGCGUUCUCCUCCUGACACGGUGGAUCAGUACAGAACUGAUUAUGGAUAUUUGGGGCCGCCGCUGUGUUCACACGUCAUCAAAGCUCGAGCUCAGAACGCCAUGCAGAGCCAGAGUGUGAACCGGACCACACUCACCAUCACACAGUCUCGUCCGUCUCUAUCAGUCUCUCAGAGCAGUGUGAGUAAUGUGACUGGUUCCAGAACUCCCAGUAUAAUUAAGGUACCCAGCUCUCUCACCCUCAUGUCUACCCGACCAACCACGCCCACACAGCCAUCACCCCCGACAACCAAGUAUAUUGUCAUGGGAACCAGCGCUGGCCCCUCCUCCACACAGCAGAUGAUCACUCUAAGCUCCUCCCAGUCCAGUUCUUCGGUCACCAGCACCGUACAGAGUGUCUCUGCCCCCCUGCAGCCGCUGGUUAAAGUGGAGCCGGGAGUAACUGGGUCAGUGAUGGGGUCACGACCUGUACAGAAAUACAUCGUAGUGUCGCUGCCUCAAUCCUCAUCACUGGAUAAAAGCAACUUGUCCCCCAUCAGCACCGAAACCAAGAUCGAACCUUCCGACACACCCAGCUGAACCCACACACACACGUAAAGAUUCAGUGUAACUAAAUCGACCUUGUCAGAAUAGGAUUGGUACAUAAACCUGGGACCUUGUGUGAUCAGAAACUAAUGAAUUUUUUUGUUUGUACAAUUUUUUAGAAAUGUUACACUUCUCGGAUUCAGGUUAGAGUUAGGGUUAAGUUUACCGUUACUUUAACUCUUACAUUUACAUGUUUUUAAGUGAUAAAAUCAUCCAACACCUCAUAAUCAGAAACACUCUGUAAAAUAUAACGUUAUGUGAGGAUCAGACGUGAUGACAUGCUGGGUAACAGCACUGAUUCAUUUCACACAAAAGCAGCUCAGAUGUUGCAAUAGAAAGUUAAUAGAAAUAAUUCUUGUUGUUUUCUGAUGUGAUAAACAUUCAUGCUGGUGGCUGAGGUGCUUAUAUCAAAUGUAACUGAAUAACUCGAUAACGACACUGUGAUGUGCUUCAUGUUUCAUCUUCAUUUUAUAUUCUGUAAUAAAAGUGACUUUUUAACAAAUCA